UUUCCGGGGUAUGUUAACCCAGUUUAAACCGUACGGUUUACACAAACCUGCCACCAGAGGGGACAGCUGCCCUUCUUAUCUCAGAGGGAACUCCUCUUAAAAAAAAACUCAAGGGGCCGGGGACACUACAAUCCCCGGCAGUAAUUCAGGUGUCUACAGAAAAUGAGGGAGGAGAGAGCAAAGGGGUGGAUUGUUGUUCCAAUGUGGACUUCCCAACCUUGGAUGGGCCCUCUUCUGCAAAUGUUGGUCAAGGCCCCCAGGCUCAUCACUCAGAAAACGAAUGUACUAGGACAUCCCUCAUCAGCAGAAGAACAUCCGAUUAUGACCCACACCCAAUUGAUGGCAUGUCUUUUGUCAGGCAACAACUUAGAGGGAGAGGUGUAUCGUCAGAAGGUACAGAGAUUAUCAUGGCAUCGUGGAGACCAGGUACGAUGCGACAAUAUAGACAACACAUUAACAGAUGGUCAUCAUUUUGUGAUAGAUGGAAUAUCAAUCCCUCUACUCCCUCUGUAACUAAUGUUUUGAAUUUUCUUUCGGAGACAUUUCAUAGAGGGGUGGGGUAUGAGUCUGUUAACACGGCAAGAGGUGCUCUCUCUGCUUUAGGAAUUAUGUUGGAAGGAUGUAGAGCUGGGAAUCAUCCACUUAUCAAUACGUUUAUGCGUAGUGUGUUUAACUUGAGACCCUCUUGCCCUAGGUAUGCUGAAACUUGGGAUGUGCGGCCAGUAUUGCAGAAGCUGAGGUUCAUGGGCCUAUUACCAGACAUGUCCUUGAAGUCUUUAACUUUGAAAUUGGUGAUGCUUAUGGCAUUGACUCAGGCUGCGAGAGUACAGACCUUACAUUUAUUAUUGUAUUCCAAUGCUAUUGUUGACAACAAUUCUGUAUCUCUUUUGUUAGGGGGCAACAUUAAGCAGUGCCGUCCUAAGUUUAAUGUUAGAAUGCUUAAGUUUCAUGCUUAUUUACCUGAUUCUAGAAUUUGUGUUGUGAAUACCUUGAAGGAAUAUCUUAACAGAACGGAGAAUCUGAGAAAGGAAUUUGGGAAGGAUAAUGGGAAACUCCUCAUCAGUUUGGUGAAGCCACAUAAAAGUGUUUCCAAAGAUACAGUGUCAAGGUGGAUUAAGACUGUCCUUGCCGACUGUGGUAUCAAUUCUAAGAAAUUCACGGCUGGAAGUGUUCGACCAGCCUCUGCUUCCAAGGCCAAAGCCAUGGACGCCCAAGUUCCCAUUAUCUUAUCUAAGGCAGGUUGGACUCAGGAGACAACCUUUGCUAAACACUAUAAUAAGGAGAUCAUUCAGGUUUCAGAUUCUUUUCAAGAGGCCAUACUGGAUUCUGUAUUGUAACGUUAGCAGGUUUCUCUAUUCAUUUGCGUUGGAACUCAAUUGACUUAUUUUGUUUUUUAUACAUAUACUAUAUGUUUUUUUGUAAGGGCCAUAUCUGUGGAAGGAGGAGGAUUUUUUCAUACAAUGAAGUUUGGAUUCAUAUUUAGUUUGUUUAAUUAUCAAUCACUCACUUGGAGAAUGUUAAGUAUUGUGUAGUUCUGAGAGUACACCCACAUGGCUUCAAAAUCUCAUGUGUAGCCUCUCCAGCAAUGGCAGUGGGUUGCUGAAGUAAA